UCAAUACAUUAUUAAUUAGUCAAAACUUGUCAUUCAAACUGUGAUAACGUUAUGGCUUACAAAGUAUUAAAACGGUUGGACAAUAAAUUCGUAAGAUGGUGCAGUACAAUGAAUAUGCCUAAAUGUGAUUUCAAACCUAAAAAGUACACAGGUCCAUCGGUAGCGAAGACUGAACAAAUAAAAUCAACCAACAUACCGCCAGCUGUUUAUAACAUUUACAAGAAACCGCUCGUCAUCCACCAGGGGCACAUGCAGUGGCUGUACGACCAUGAAGGUCGCAGAUAUUUGGACCUCUUAGGAGGAAUAGCUACUAUUUCUGUGGGACACAGUCAUCCAAAGGUAGCAGCGGCAUUGCAGGAGCAAAUAGGCAAACUUUGGCACACAACCAAUAUCUACCGACAUCCCAAAAUUUACGAAUACGCAGAAAAAUUGAUAGCCAAGUUCCCGAAAAAAUUAGAGGUGGUAUACUUCGUGAACAGCGGUACAGAAGCCAACGACUUGGCGGUGGUGCUCUCUCGUAUGUAUACUGGCAACGUAGAUAUUGUGUCACUACAGGGCAGCUACCAUGGCUGCUCCAGUGGUCUCAUGGGGCUGACAUCGACACAAUCUUUCCGACAUCCUAAUAUAUCGUUAGCGGGAUACUAUCAUGCAAUGGUGCCAGACCCUUAUCGUGGUAUUUGGGGCGGCUGCAGGGACUCCCUGUCGCAAGUCCCCGGCGCGUGCAGCUGUCGUGGGGAUUGUGUCACCUCUGAUAAAUAUGCACAUCAACUGAGCGAGUUACUAAACCAUUCGGUGCCAUCGGGCCGCUUGGCUGCCAUGUUUGCUGAGCCCAUACAGGGCGUGCACGGUAAUCUGCAAUACCCUAAAGGCUAUCUACGUAAAGCUAGAGAAAUUGUUAAGAAAAACGGCGGACUCUUCGUAGCUGACGAGGUGCAAACUGGUUUUGGUCGGACUGGUGAUACUUUUUGGUGUUUUGAAAGCGAAGGUAUCGUUCCAGAUAUAGUUACUAUGGCUAAGGGUAUAGGAAAUGGCUUUCCACUAGCUGCAGUCGUCACUACUAGAGAGAUCGCUGACGCCCAUACACGAACAUCAUAUUUUAACACUUUUGGUGGUAAUGCUCUAGCUUCUACAGUUGGCAAGGCUGUUUUAGAAGUAAUCGAGGAAGAAAAAAUUCAAGAAAAUAGCAAGACAGUUGGUAAAUAUUUUCUAGAACAGAUGAUGCAGCUACAAAAGCAGUAUCCAAUUAUCGGUGAUGUACGAGGAAAGGGUUUGAUGAUUGGUCUAGAUAUGGUGAAGCCUGGGACAAAAGAACCCAUAGACAAUGGGGCAGAAAUUUUCGAAACUAUAAGAGAUCUCGGAGUGUUGAUAGGAUGGGGUGGACGUUGGAACCAUAAUUUAAGAAUGACACCUCCCAUGUGCAUCAAUAAAGAAGAUGUUGACUUCGCUAUUGCUGUUCUCGAUGAAGCAUUUAAGCGACAUUCACCAUAGAAAUCGACAAUGGAAUUAUUAACUAUGUUCUACAUCCAUGACAAUUCAGCGAGAUCUUCAGCCUUUCUGAAUAUACCUUCUAACAAAAAUUCAUCCAAACAUUGGCAUAUAUGAUAUUAGUAUAAUUUAUUUAAGUUGCGUAAUUAAUAAAGUGUGUUACAGCAAAACCUUUUCAAAUCGAAGUGUUCUUUACAGUAAAAGUAUUUGUUAGUAACAGUUGUGUUAUAAAAUAAAAUGUUGAACAAAAUAUAUUCA